UUUGGCGGGCUGUAAUCAAAUAUUUUUGUCUUGCAAGUUUCUCAUUCAAACUGUCUGUAGUUGUUUACUAUUUAAAAUUGAAAUUUACUUUCAAACGAGAGAAUGGGUUCCAAAAUAAUUUCGGAAGCCAACGCUUUCGUUAAAUUUCUCAAGUUGUGUCAAGAUGAAAGUAAAGAAAACUCCACCUUUACGGAUGAUAUUUCAGUCCUGCUGGUGCAGAAUGAAGAACUUUUGCACAACAUAAUCAAUGGAAACCAGUCUAUCUUUAUCUGUGAGAAAGCACAACCAAAGAUUGAACCAGAAGCUGUUGACGUUACAGAUGACACCAGUGUUGUUGAAGAAGUGCCCAUUAAAAUGCAGCAAGGUUCAAGUCCUCAGCCUCUCUCUGUCAUGAAAGCAAGACAGCUGUUGUCAUGGUACACCAUGGCUCAGAACCCUAACAUGCCUCUGGUGAAAGCCCCAGGGACUCUGCACCCUCUCUGGGUCCGAUGUGACAAGUCAGACCCAUGUGCCACUGCCUGGCUCGGGGCAGAGACUAUCUACAAUGGGAACAAAACUACUGGAAUCAAACUGUUUACAGUCAGCUGCAAAGACCAAACAGGAGAUGAAGCCUCAUUUACCACAUUGGAUGACCUUAAACAAGAGCAUCAGAAAAGGCACCAUCCCUCUACAGUAGUGACCAAAGGCUGGGCCCAGUACAACCUGUUUUGCUCUAUGAAAGAGGAGAGCAUGGUGUUUGAGUCUCAGAGCAGUGUAAUAGCGUCCCUCAAAUGGAACAACGUGGAGAAAAUCUUGGAGUAUCCUCCAUUGUCUUCACUGGCUACUCUGAAUAUCAGAGUUGCUGUUGGAGACUUAAGGAGUCCAUUGUAUCAGACCCACCGAGAGAUGGAGUUCCUUCUGGCUUUGGCAGAGGGCUUGAGGACAGGAGAAAUUGAAUGGUUGGAUCCAAUGGAGACUCAGUCUGCUGUGGAUUUAACCAGAGCUCUUGUAGAGGAGCUUGAGAACAUUGCACAUGGAGUGCCAGGACACAUGGCCAAAGUUUCUGAGAGCCAGAAGGCAAAGACAGAAGCAGCAGCUUUCAGCUCGAUGGUCAUUGAUAGAGGAGAUCUGGACUUUACAGAACAACUGUGGGAGAAGAUGAGGAGGAGUGUAGCUUCUUAUCAAGACAUAACAGACUGUCUGAAAAUUGUCGUCAAAGCAGUGAGACAUGGUCGAAUCAAACCAUGGAUCCACAAAGACAGCAGUAGCUCUCUCAGUAAGCUGAUCCUGCAGUCUUACCAGCAGCAGAUGGACACAGUGCCUCUCACUGGCCUCAUUCCUGCUAAUAUGCUGCUAGAGUUGGGCCUGGACAAGAUAAGGAAAGACUUCAUCAACUACCUCGUUGGAAAGGAACUUACAACUCUCAACUAUUUGAGUUACUACUUGGACACUGAGGUGGAGCUGCAGGAGCAGGUGAUAAGAGUGAGGAAGCUGCACCACCUGCUGGAGAUCUUGGGAACCUGCAGCACUUUCCUCAAUCUGCCUCAUGAUCGCCUCUUCCUUUUCACUCAGUCCUGUUUGCAGUACUAUAAAACAGCCAACUAUGAUGAGGGCCAUGUGUUCCAACUGCAAAUUAAACCUGCACUCAUUAGCUACUUUUAUGAGAAGGAACAGCCAUUCUCUUGGGGCGUGGAGGUGGCUAGUGGACAGGGGUCACGGGAGGUCAAGACAUCAUUGCAUCUCAGUGACAAGCCCUUGGUAGACCACAUCAAUUUUGACUUAGAUUUACCCUUGGAUGAGUCUGUGAGUGGAGAAAAUGAGAAGAUGGCUUACUACAGGACUAUAGUGAGCUGUAGUCUCAUCAGCUUCUCUUAACACUGCUGGAGGGGCAAACAAAGAAAAAUCCUGUUAGACGUUACGAUUCAGUCUCCAUUUCAGACCUCCAUCAAAGACUUUGUCAAUCUGUUCUCAUGGAAAGCAUUCCAAUUCCCUAUGGACACAAGUGGCUAAGUAGAAACCUAGUUAAACCACAAAUGGGGUUAGUAUAAUAAAACAGCAGAGGCCCAGAUGAAGACUAGGAAUGUUCUCAUGUACUGUUAAAGAGGAAUUUGUACCCGUGUUUUCUUGAUUAAAGGCUACUUAAUUUGCUUUCUGCCUGUGAUCAACAAAUGGAAUUUUUUCUUGUUUGCCCCAGUUUGACAUGUUCUUCAACAGUUAGAAUCAAUGCUC